AUGGAUGGUGGAAAUAAAAUGGAUGGUGGAGGCUAAAUGGGAUAUCUAAAUUAUUUCGAAAUCAUAGAUGGAGCCAACAGUUUGAGGCAUAGACAUAGGUGGGACAUACUAUAAAUUACUCUAAAAAUUAAAGUAAGUAUCGAGAUCAAGCCAAAUUCUCAUAUCUGUGGUAGAUUGAGGAAAUUAAUUUUUUUUAUUUUUUUUAUAUUUAUAAUUGGCUUGAUCUCACCAGCUCACUCAGUGCUCUUAGUGGCACUGGUGGGUUGUGUAAAUAAAAAUGAAAAGUUUGAUUAGACUAAGGUUAUUGAUAAAUAAAUUAUUUUAAUUAAAAUUUUUCUAAAAAUUUUCUCUCAACCCAGCUAAUUCAACAAAAUCUUAAAUUCUAUAAUUAUCAGCUAGACCUAGGGUAAUCUAUAGGGAAUUGAUGCAUCAACCAAAUCCAUCAACUGUUGGCUAUAGCUAGUGCUAGUAUUUCAUCAACAAAGUUGA